AUGAGUUUACCCAAUUCGCUUUACAGAGCUGUUAUUCUUGACAGAAACAGAAAGCUCAAUGUCGAAAUCGCUAAUAUUCCAAUUCAUGAUGACAAUCAGCUUCUCAUAAGAGUUGUUGCAGCUGCUUUAAAUCCCACUGAUUGGAAACAUGUCAAGCUUGGUUGGGGCCCUAAUAAUGCAGUAGCCGGUUCUGAUUGCUCUGGAGUCGUUGUUAAAGUGGGAGAGAAUUUAAAAGAUAUUUACAGAGUUGGUGACCAAGUCUCUUCGACUCUCCAUGGGCUAAGCAGAGAUACACCAGAUAAUGGAGCCUUUGCUGACUACUGCGUGGUCGAUCCAGAGUUCACAAUCAAGUACAAACAGACAUUGAGUCUCUUAAGCAAGAGCUCGGAUUGUGUGGGUGAUAUCGACACCUUUGAAGCUGCUGCCUCGAUUACUUUAUCUCUUGUUACUGUUGGACAAAGUUUGUUUCAUUUUUUAAAGGGAUCAUUUGAGGAAAAGACAUUGAAGGAUGAUGAGUACUAUUUAGUAUGGGGUGGUGCUACAUCCUUUGGACAAAUUGCUAUUCAAUUUGCUAAACAUGUAUUUCAAUGGAAUGUAGUUGCAGUUGCGUCGAAGAAAAACGAAGCGUUAUUGAAAGAAUUGGGUGCCGAUAUUGUUAUUGAUUAUCAUGACGCUGAUGCUGUUGAACAAAUCAAGGCAAAGACUAACGACAAAGUUAUUAUUGCAACCGAUGCAAUUGCUAAUUCACAUACUAUUCAAUUUACUCACGAUGCCACUUCAAACGAUGAAACCGUUGAAAGGAUCAUUAUUGAUAAUUUGAAUUUAUUGGGAGAAGAGAAGAUUAAAAAUUUAAAAAAAAAUGUCCAAGUAACUAAAACAUUAAUGUAUCCACUUAAUGGGAAACCAGUUCAAUUGACCGAAGAUAUUCUUAUUGAAUCAGAUGCAUCGUCAGUUGAAGAUAAUAAGAUUUUUAUGAAAUUUGCACAAGAUUACAUUAACCAAGGGAAACUAAAACAUGGGCCAUUAAAAUUGUUGCCCAAAGGGUUAGGUUCAGUCAGUGAGGGACUUGAUUUAUUGCAAGAAAAAAAAAUCAGUUGUCAAAAGUUGGUGCUUAAAAUUUCAGACACUGUACCUUAG